AGAAAGGCUUCUUGGGUAACUGGGUUUAUCUAAUUCAUCUGUUUCUGCAUAUUUUAACAGUUCGUUUAUUUGAUACUAAAGCUGAACCGGGUUCGAAUUUUUUUUAUUGCUAUUUAUUUUGUUGCCGGAUUUUUGUAUUCAGUGUUGCCAGUGUUUUAAUUUGGUGACGUUUUGUAAAUAACAAAAGGGUUCUUGGAUUUAUCAAAAUUAAUUCACUGUGCAAAAAGGGUUCUGGGGUUUAUCAUAAAUCCUGGUAUCAAUGGCAAAGAAGAAGAAGAAAGGAGGAGGAGGGAGUGGGAGGAGAAGUAAAGGAAGAGCUCAAUUGAAAGAUCAGUGUUCUCAUAAUGGUGGUGAAAAUGAGCUUCUUUCUGAGGAGAUCACUGCCUUGUGUGCAAUAUUUCAAGAAGAUUGUGUCAUUUCAGGAUCGCCUCCUCAAAUCAUUAUUAAACUCAGGCCCUACUCAAAUGAUAUGGGUUAUGAAGAUCUAGAUGUUUCUGCCUCUCUUGCAGUAAGGUGCUUACCAGGGUAUCCUUACAAGUGUCCAAAGUUGCACAUUACUCCUGAGAAAGGUUUGACAGAAAAGGAUGCUGAUAAUCUUCUUUGUCUCCUUCAUGAUCAGGCAAAUUCUAAUGCGCGAGAAGGACGGGUUAUGAUUUUCAAUCUGGUGGAGGCUGCUCAAGAAUUCCUGUCUGAAAUAGUUCCAGUUGGCCAGUCUAAUGAAUCUGUCUUAAGCUCAACAACAGAUAGCAGCGGUCAGUUGUUUAAGGAUAUUGUAGUCUCAGCUACCAAGAGUUGCUCUAUGAGGGGACCUUUUGUUUAUGGCUUCAUAGAUCUCUUCAGUGGCUCUGGAGAGUCAUGGCAUUGGGGUCUUGGAAUGGAUGACAACAAGGGGAUAGUUUCUUCUGUAAACGCCCACAUGUCUGAUGGUUUGAAACUUGGACAUGAGGUUUCAGGGAAAAAAGUUGAUAAGAAUGUUAAGCCAUUGACAGUGCAAGAUACAAAGCAAGGUCCAUUACCUUUGCCAGCUCCCAAACUAGAAUCUGUUAAAGAAGAGCAUGAAGAAUUCAAUAAGAGCAGAUCAUCUACUGAUUCAUCUGGAUCAGGAAUUGAGGAAUUGAUAGACAAUGAUAAAGAAAGCGAGAGUGAGGAGAAUAGAACUGAUGAAGUUGGUGGUGGUUUUGAAAGUGAGACUUCAGACUCAUUCUCUUCUGCAUCCUUAGGUCAAGAUCAACCGUCUCAAAAUCUUGAAAAAGAACUAUUAAUGGUUCAUCUUCUUCGUCUUGCUUGUGCUUCUAAAGGACCAUUGACUGAUGCAUUGCCACAAAUAGCCACUGAGCUGUGCAAUCUAGGUAUCUUUUCAGAAUGGGUGCGGGAUUUAGCUUCUAAACCAUCUUCACUCUUUAAAAAAACGUUUGAUCAUGUUUUCCAUCAACAAAUGGUUUCGUCCAGAGUAUCUCAAUUUUGGAAACCUACUUUGGAUUUUGGAGGACAAAGUACUUCUCUCCCAAGCUCUCGCUAUCUCAGUGACUUUGAGGAGUUAGAACCUCUUGGUCAUGGUGGUUUUGGCCAUGUUGUAUUAUGCAAAAAUAAACUAGAUGGAAGGCAGUAUGCUGUGAAAAAAAUUCGCCUCAAGGAUAAAAGUUUGCAAGUUAAUGACCGGAUAUUGAGGGAAGUGGCCACACUUUCCCGUUUGCAGCAUCAACAUGUUGUCCGUUACUAUCAGGCAUGGUAUGAAACAGGAGUUGCUGGUUCUGAUGUGGACAGCAAUUGGGGUUCAGGGACUGCAGCGAGCUCUACAUUCAGCCACAGAGCAGGAAGCUCUGCUGAUGUCCCUGGCUUAGAGAAUAAACUUGAAUCAACAUAUUUAUAUAUUCAAAUGGAGUAUUGCCCCAGGACUCUUCGCCAGGUGUUUGAAUCAUAUAAUCAUCUUGACAAAGAAUUAGCAUGGCAUUUGUUUCGCCAAAUUGUAGAAGGCUUGGCGCACAUACAUGGACAAGGAAUCAUUCAUAGAGAUCUAACUCCCAAUAAUAUCUUUUUUGAUGCUCGGAAUGAUAUUAAAAUUGGGGAUUUUGGUCUCGCCAAAUUCUUGAAGCUGGAGCAGGUGGAUCAGGAUGCGUUUUUUCCAACAGAUGCUACCGGAGUUUCAAUGGAUGGCACUGGCCAAGUUGGUACUUACUUUUACACUGCUCCUGAAAUUGAGCAAGGAUGGCCAAAGAUUGACGAGAAGGCUGACAUGUACAGCUUAGGAGUUGUGUUCUUUGAGCUUUGGCAUCCUUUUGUAACAGCAAUGGAGAGACACAUUGUUUUAUCUGAUUUGAAACUAAAAGGAGACCUUCCUCCUGCAUGGAUUGCUGAAUUUCCAGAACAGGCAUCCUUGUUGCGGCGCUUAAUGUCUCCAAGUCCAUCUGAUCGUCCAUCUGCCACAGAACUCUUACAAAAUGCAUUUCCUCCACGCAUGGAAUAUGAGUUGUUAGAUAAUAUUCUGCGGAUGAUGCAAUCUUCUGAGGACAGAAGUAUAUAUGACAAAGUUGUGAGUUCAAUAUUCGAUGAAGAGACACUGGGCACUAAAAACCAUCAUCAACAUGCUGAUACCUUAAAGAUCACAAGAGAUAAUGCUUCCUCUAUCCAGUACACAGAUGUAGACACUGAACUUCGUGAUUAUGUUGUUGAGGUCACUAGGGAAGUGUUCAGACAAUAUUGUGCAAAGCGUUUGGAGAUAAUGCCUAUGUAUUUGUUGGAUGAGAGUCCACAGUAUAAAAGGAACACUGUCAAACUUUUGACCCAUGGAGGAGAUAUGCUUGAACUUUGUCAUGAGCUACGUCUACCUUUCGUUUGUUGGGCUAUUGCAAACCAGAAGUCUUCAUUUAAAAGGUAUGAAAUAUCAUCUGUUUAUAGGAGAGCAAUUGGUCAUUCACCACCAAAUCGCUAUCUUCAGGGUGAUUUUGACAUUAUUGGAGGUGCAGCAGCUUUGACAGAGGCAGAGAUUCUCAAGGUGACAAUGGACAUUGUAACUCGGUUCUUUCAUUCAGAGUCAUGUGAUAUUCAUCUCAAUCACGGUGACCUACUGGAUGCAAUUUGGUCGUGGGCUGGAAUCAAGGCUGAGCAUAGACAGAAAGUAGCUGAGCUGCUUUCCUUGAUGGUUUCCGUGAGUCCCCAAUCAUCUGAUCGGAAGUUAAAGUGGAAAGUAAUUAGACGCCAGCUUUUGCAGGAACUUAAUUUAGCAGAAGCUGUUGUAAAUAGGUUGCAGACUGUUGCUCUACGGUUCUGUGGAGCUGCAGAUCAGGCUCUUCCUCGAUUGAGGGGUGCUUUACCAGCUGAUAAACCUACGCGCAAGGCGCUUGAUGAGCUGUCUGACCUCUUUAGCUACUUGAGAGUGUGGAGAAUUGAAAAGCAUGCUUAUAUAGAUGCUCUAAUGCCACCCACCGAGAAUUAUCAUAGAGAUUUGUUCUUUCAGGUUUUCCUGAUGAAGGACAACAAUCAUGGAUCACUUGUUGAAGGUACAUUGCUUGCCGUUGGUGGCCGCUAUGACUAUUUGCUUCAUCAGAUGUGGGAUCGUGAAUAUAUAGGUUAUGCACAUAGAACAAAUCCUCCAGGUGCUGUUGGCACCAGCGUUGCACUGGAGACAAUAAUUCAGCUUUCUCAAGUUGAUUUUAAGCCUUUCAGAUUUGAAACCAGCACCAGUUUUCUUGUUUGUUCAAGAGGCGGAGGUGGUUUAUUGGUUGAGCGCAUGGAACUAGUUGCUGAACUAUGGGAGGAGAAUAUCAAGGCUCAGUUUGUCCCUGUACCAGAUCCAAGUCUUACAGAGCAGUAUGAAUAUGCAAGUGAGCAUGAUAUAAAAUGUCUUGUCAUCAUAACAGACACAGGUGUAUCUCAGACAGAUUUUGUUAAGGUUCGUCAUCUUGAAGUUAAGAAGGAGAAGGUGGUUAAGAGGGAAGAAGUUGUCAAGUUUCUAUCGGGGGCAAUCGUGACUCAAUUUAGAGAUCCCUCACUUUGGAAUUAGACCCCUUUUUAUUGAAGUUUCAGUUCAUUCCCGUGCUAUACUUAAGAAAGAAUGAAGUUGCUUUUACUAGGAUUACAGAGUUUUGCUUCACAUAAUCUGUUAAUAUGCCGCCCCUCUGGCUCACAGAAAUCAAAAGUAUCGCUUAUUUCAUUUUUUAGAAGGAGAUCUCCAUCCUAAAAAUUUUGCAGCUACAGUUAUUGGUGUUUUUUAUCAACUGAUCUGGUACAUAUUGUAAAUUUUGUAAAUGUCUAUAGAGAAUUACCAUAAUGAGUGAAUUGGAGGCACUGUAAUCUUUUGGGGUUUUGGGUUUUCAAAUUGUGUAAAUGAAUGGUUUCUCUAGCAUUUUGUGAUAAAUUUUUACUGUUGUAAGUUGGAUUCAUUGUGACAUAAUAAAGAAACAAAAAACUAUUUUUGCUUUA